AGGAAAGAUAUUGACAUCCUCCAUUUCGUAGGAAUUUUUUACUUUAAUAUAGAAUAAAUUUUUACAAGCUAAAGUUCGCGCUUUUGGAGAAGCAAAAUGGGACGAGUACGAACGAAAACCAUCAAAAGGGCCGCAAGGCAAAUUGUGGAAAAGUACUAUGCCAAGCUAACCCUCGACUUUCAAAUAAACAAAAAGAUAACAGAGGAAGUUGCCAUCAUUCCCUCGAAGCGAAUGAAAAAUAAAGUUGCUGGAUUUGUUACCCACCUGAUGAAGAGAAUCCAGAAGGGACCCGUCAGAGGUAUCAGUUUGAAGCUCCAAGAAGAGGAAAGAGAAAGACGCUUAGAUUUUGUUCCAGAGAAAUCGCAAAUAGAUGUCAACGUCAUUUAUGUCGAGCCGGACACAGUACGUAUGAUUAAGGCGCUUGGAAUAAAUAUAAGCAACAUGAAGGUGCACAAUCCCAUGAUAAACUCCAACCAGCAGAAGCAGAACAGGAUGAACACGCAUUAUUAGGAGGUUGCGGCGAGAAUAGAGGAAGGGCGUUUUACGUAGCAGCUAGGGCUUACUUGAAAAAGCGCGUUUGAAACCAUACCUUGAGUGAGGACUAAAGCGGAAGCGCAUCACAGCUAGGAAAGGAGCGCUUUAAAGUAGGACCCACUACACGCAGUUACCUUCACGUGUGCUGCGUAUAUUGAGGCAUAUUCACCUGUACGCACCACCCAGCGGAUGUUCACACAUAUAUAUCCAUUUCGUUUUUUUUUUUUUUUUAAAAAAAACAGCCACGUACGAACUGAACCGUUUGACUCCUGUUUAAAUUUUUUGAAAU